GGCGCCUAGAAGGUUUCCAGGAAGUGGGCGUUACCUUGGAAACGGGCCUGGGCCGCGGGGCGGGGCGUCGCUGUGCGAAGAAGCGCUUCAGGCAGCAAAGGCGGAGGGAAGGCGGGGAACGGGAACCAGCCACAAACAUGCCCCUGGCUAGAGACUUAAUUUAUCCAUCCAUGGAAGGAGAAAAGAGAAAACACAAAAAAAAGCGUCUGGUACAAAGCCCAAAUUCCUACUUCAUGGAUGUCAAGUGUCCAGGAUGCUACAAGAUCACCACAGUCUUCAGCCAUGCCCAGAUGGUGGUGCCAUGCGUAGGCUGCUCGACUGUCUUGUGCCAACCAACAGGAGGCAAAGCCAGACUCACGGAAGGCUGCUCCUUUAGAAGAAAGCAACAUUGAAUGGUUUUGUUGAUGUUGACCACGACUGGAAGCCUUCUCUGUUGGACAUGGCUGCUUAAUUGAGCAAGUUAAUUAUGUUUGGCUUUGGGGAAAAAUAAAAAACAGCAAGGGUGGACCUCUUGUGCUACUGUGCAGAUUUUUCCUGUAUGUUCAGGAAUAACUACUAUUUUUAUAGUUUUUAUUAUACAAUGAAUAUUGAAUAGCAAGGGAUCUUGCUUAUAGCAAUCAUUUGAACACAUAACUCUAUCUUUCUUCUCAUAAAUGAGUGGCUGAUUACUAUAGCCAAAAAAUUUAAGCGAUAAGUUUGCAAAAGCUGUGUAUUGCAAGCCUGGUAGCUUUGCAGAUUGGGGGCCUAGUCUCUCAGGAAUUUCUGGCAUGCAAAUAUACAUGAACUGAGUAAGAGCUAUGCAAGAUGCUGCACAGCUCACAUCUUGUUUCAGUAAAACUUUGCCCACAAGAAAUGCAAAGUAGGUGCCGAUACUAGUUCCUGUCAGUUCAAUCAGACAUCUCUCCAGAAACUUCUGGAGCCUGCCUGCAUUGCUGUUAAUCUGACAGCUAAAUUAUGUACAUUGAACUUCCAAAAACUUUCCUUGCUUUCCUUCUCUGACCUUGGACUGCACCCGUGUCCACCUUCUUCCACUCUGUUAAUCACCUGUAUUAGGCAGUCAGGAAAACUAGCUGCGCUAAGACUUGAGACAGGAGCACCUGGAUUGUUGUAAGGAUAAGAUAAUACACAUGAAGUGCUUUGACAUUCAAAGUGCUAUACAAAUGUUUAGUAUUAGCACUAUAAACAACUUCUAUCAGAGCUAGAAAGAAUCUUUGCAGUUGAUCAUUAGUGGAUGCAUCCUUUCCCCAACUGAAUCUGUAUUUGUGCUUAAGUUUAUUUGCAUCAGAAUCAAUAAAAUACUUGAUAUGAAA